UCUGUUGACUCAUUUAUGGAAAUAGAAAGUUGCACCUCAGUUCUUCCCCAUCGUCAGACUGUCUCUCCUCACAUUCCUGGUGGUGUCCCAACCUUUUCUGACCUUGGGAGUUUGAAAGAGUGCCCAGCUGGCCCAGCUCCUGGCUCCCAGGCAGAAUGCUACCUUGUUACAGCUGUUUCGUUUCAUAGAUUUAAUCAGGCAGCCAUCCUUUUUCAAGAGAGGUGACCCCGAGGCCUCCCCCCUCCCUCUCCAACUGCCAAAAUGACUCUUCCCUGCUACUCUUCAGGCAAUGUGGUAAAGCAAUGAAAAUGGAGAAACUUCUAUUAGAGCCAGGCCUCGCAAGACUCAGAACCUUGCACCCCUGACACCCCCUCUGCCACUGCCUCACCAUCAUCUUCUGAAGAUCCUGCAACUCUCACAGCUCCUCCCUCACCAUCCCCUCCCUAUGGCUGCGAGGCCUCCAUGUUCUCACCACCACUGUCCACCUGCACCAUGGCCUUGAAUCCUGAAAUGCCACUGCGAACAACAGCUUCUGCCACGCUGAACCCAACCUCUGCUUCCACCUCCUCCCCGAAUCCUGGGCUUUCUUACACUGCACCACCAGCUGCCUCUGCUUCAGCUCUGCAGCCGAGCCUUUGCUCCCCUGCGGGGGCAGCCAUUUCACCCAGCCCUGCUCCUCACCUUAUUGACUGGCUUCCAUACCUCGCUUCAGUGAUGACCAGCACAAAGCGGGGGAAGGAGGAAGAGCAGCCACCCACAGAGACAGAGCAUGUGAAGAGGAGUGGAAGCACCUAUCUGCCUGCCCUUAGCGAAGGAGGAAGUGUCCAGGCAGGGUUCAUCAAGCAGCAGCCUCCUGAAUCCGUUUUCUCACCUCCGCCGUCAUUCCUGGCCAUUCCCCCACCUUCUGAGCAGGCACCUGCAACUCUAGGGGACAUCCUGGCAGAGCUGAAGACCAUGAACAACCACCUUUCUGUCAUUGCAAGGGCUCUUAGCCGGCUAACCUCAGCCUUAGCAUCCCAGCAGGAGUCUACCAAUACGCCAGGUUUGUAAGAGAGGAACACUUCAAUGCCUUUUCCUUGGACAGAGUCUGCCACAUACUUUUAUUGGGAAAGCAAAUAAUAUAUGUGUGGGAGAGUUUGAAAGAGAUGCCAUUAGACAUGUAAUGGUCAUGGUGAUGUCCUUGCUUCCUCAACUUCUUUUCUUACUUCUGUUGGAAUGCAGAUGUGAAAACUGUAUCAACAUCUAUAAAGUCUAUAUCUGUAA